AUCUCUUCUCUUUUUUUAUCAUCAGUUUUUGUUUUACUUUGGUUUUUUUACCUUAUCUUGACUUUAGUCAAUCUUGAAGUUCUAAAACCAACGCUUCUUUUACUUUCCUUCAUCUUCCCUCCAUUAUAUAUACUUCCAGACUCUUAUUCUAACUCUUCACCCAAAAUCUUUCUUCUUCUUUUUCUUUUUCGUUUUUCUCUUUAUCUCUAACUAUGGCAGAUAGGUUAUGGGAUGAAUUGCAAAACUUCAACCUAGGUCGAGACGAUCCAGAGCUCUUUAUUCCUCAACAUACUUAUGUUGAUGUAAUUGAUAGGAAUCGUCUUAGCCUUCUUGCUCGGCCUCUCAACAACAGAGCUCAAAACUUACAUACUGUUGUUGCAUCACUACCAAGACUCUGGGGACUGGCUUCACGAAUACAUGGUAGAGUUCUAAGUGAUACUUACAUCCAGUUUUUAUUUCAAUCUGAAGCAGAUUUAGUAUCAGUUCAACGUCGUGCUCCAUGGGUUUUUAACAAUUGGUUCAUCGCAUCUCAACGCUGGGAAGACUUCCCCGAUGUUGAUUUCCUCACUACCCUUGAUCUAUGGGUUCAAAUCCGCGGAAUACCACUACCAUAUGCUUCUGAAGGAACAGCCAGGUUUACUGUUGCAACCAUAAGACAGGUUAUCUAUCUAGAUUUUCAUGAUGAGACCACUACUGAUAUAACUUUUAUCAAAGUUAGAAUUCGCAUUGGCAUCACUGAUAGUUUGAGGUUCUUUAGAAGGGUCUGCUUUGAAUCUAGAGAAAAGGCUAUGAUUAGCUUUCAAUAUGAGAGCCUGAGAAGGAUUUGCAGUCGUUGUCUUCAACUCACUCAUCAAAGCAGCCACUGUCCUUACAAUCAUUUUCCUCACACUCCAAGAAAUAGUCCUGAAGUUAUUGAUGUACCAGUCUACAAUAGGAGAAGGACUCAUGGUCAUGAAAUUCACUCCAAUCAUAACUCUCACUCUCAGAACUCGGAUGACACUUUUCCAACUCCUUUGACUCCACCACCAAGGUUAGAUUCUCCACCUUUAAACCCUGAUGAAUUUGCAGCAGCCUAUCCUCAAUUCCCAGUAUCAAGCUUAGGAAAUCUUCAACAUAUGGCAACUUCAACCACUCACACAGCCACUUGGAGAAGACAUUCUUCCACUGGAUCCACGACUUCACCAAGUAUUGAUGAAUGA